AUGGGUGUGAACGGCCUCUGGACGGUCCUCCAACCCUGUGCGCGCCCGACCAAUCUUGCCACUCUAAAUCGAAAGCGUCUCGCUGUCGACGCCUCCAUUUGGAUAUACCAAUUUCUCAAGGCCGUGCGCGAUAAGGAGGGCAACGCUCUUCGCAAUUCACACGUCGUAGGCUUCUUCCGCCGCAUCUGUAAGCUCCUCUGGUUUGGUAUACGGCCCGUCUUCGUCUUCGACGGUGGAGCUCCCGCACUCAAGCGACAGACGAUCCAAGGGCGCAAACGCCGUCGCGAGGGACGCCGCGAUGACGCUGUUCGCACGGCGGGCAAGCUGCUCGCCGUGCAGAUGCAGCGAAUCGCUGAGGAACAGGACGAGAAGCGCAAGAGAGAGUUGGAGAGGGGCGUUGACGAGCGGGCUAGGCAGGCCGAGAUGGCCGAGGAGGAAGCUGUGCCGAAUGCGGAUCAGCUCGUCUACGUGGGUGAGGUUGGCAUGUCGCAGCAGGAGCGACAGCAAACGCGGACGUUUCGCAAGCAGGAUCAAUAUCAUCUCCCUAAGCUGGAUGGGGAUAUCUCUUCCAUGGCAAGGGCAGAUGAUCCCAGGAUCAUGAGUGUGGAGGAGCUGGAAGAAUACGCGAGACAGUUCAACAAUGGCGAGGACCUCAAUCUUUACGACUUCAGCAAGAUCGACUUUAACGGUGAAUUCUUCAAGAGCUUGCCGCCGCCGGAUCGAUACAAUAUUCUCAACGCCGCCCGUCUGAGAAGUCGGCUGCGAAUGGGUCUGAGCAAGGAACAACUCGAGGAAAUGUUCCCCAAUCGAAUGGAUUUCUCCCGCUUUCAGAUUGAGAGGGUCAAGGAGAGAAAUAAUUUGACACAGUUGCUGAUGAAGGAAGUCGGCAUGACCGGCCUUGAUCUGACUAUCAAUGGAGGCGGUCGUAUCGCGGGUGAGAGAGACCGCGAGUACAUUCUCGUGAAGAACGAUGGAGUCGAAGGCGGCUGGGCGCUUGGUGUCGUCAGCAAAGAGAAGGACAUUGGCGAAGCUCACAAACCAAUCGAUAUUGACGCUCUGGAGUUCAAAUACCAGCAAAAAGACGAAGAACCGGAGAUGGAAGAGGAGGAGGAGUUCGAAGACGUUCCUGUGCAGGGCCUUAAUAGACUGCCAAAGUUAUCCCAUGGAACUGAGGGUCAAACCAUGGAUGAGGAUGAUUCUCUCUUUGUUGGUGGUGACAAGGCACUGAAGCUGUCAACAAAACCCCAGGAGCAAAAUUCGGAGGAUCUUCACCCCGAAGAAGAGGACGACAUCAACCAGGCGAUCGCUCUGUCGCUCCAGAGUCAACAUGUCGCAAACUCUGACACUCCCGAAGUUGAGGACGUUUUCGAGGACGUGGAGCUGGUUGUUCCCCAGUGGGAACAGAAGGCAGUCCCCCAGAACAAGCCGAUCGCCAGCUCGAGCGGCCGCAUGGUUGCCCACAUCGUCAAUAACAGAGCCAGUGCUGCCGUGCCUAAACGUCGGCAAAGCAACGCCAGCAGUAGCGACAGCGAUAAUGAUCUACAAGCUGCCCUGGCAGCUUCGCGCAAGAACAGGAAGGCUCAGCCAAAGGCGGUGCCUGGCAACAUCAAGAACCCAUUUGGCGGACCCUUACCAUUUCCAAAGCUUGAUAUUGGAACGGCCUUCGAGUCGGACGUUCGGGGCGGUGAUGAACCCUUGAUGGGUGAUCUAGACGACAUGGCCGGUGGGUUUCGGAGCCAGAAGCCUGAUCCAAACGCACCUAAGCCCCUGCCUCCGUGGAUGACGGACAACACCGACAUUCGUGACACUAUGUUGAAGGCCAAAGAAGUUGAGCAAGAAAUCAAUGCAGAGGACAGGGAGGCCGCAGCGGAAGAAGAGAUGAUGUUCCAGCGCAAACGCCAAAACGAGACGAUCGAGAUUGCCUCUUCUGACGAUGGGAGCGACGUAGAGGUCUUGGAGGUUGCUCCCGCACCCAAGAAAAUGGCUUCCCCAGCCGAGAUAUCUUCUACACCAAGUUCAUUGGCGCAAGAAAGCUCCGAGAAGGCCGAAGUCACUGAGACUCAAACAGUACCUGGAGGUAAUUCGAGCGGCGCUCCUUCAGCUGACGAAGCCAAUGAACCGGUUCCUACGAUCACUCUUGGUGGAGUCGCUAUUUCUAGCAAGUCCUCUGUUUCGCCUGAACCUGAAUUCGAGGACAUUGAAAUUCCGGAGCAGGAGGAUGAACAUGAUGUUACCGUCAGGGAGCUUUCAAACACCCCCGAGUCUGUUGUGCCCGUCGCAGACAUCUCAACGGCUGACAAGGAACCUGACACAACUGGUGUUGCCCAUCAGGCUGAUUUCGAAGAAGCACUUGCGCAGACCGCACAACCUGCGGAUGAGAAUGCCGAAGACAAUUACAAUCCGUUCGGAGAUAGCGAUGUCGAUGAAUACAGCGACCCUGAGGACGAAGAGCUCUUCGCUAGUCUCGCCCAAGAGGCAGAUGAGCACGCUCGGUUCGCCAGCGAACUCAACCACAAAUCAGAGCAAGAAAACCGCGAGGCUUACGAGAGGGAGCUGAAGGCGCUACGGACGCAGCAGAAGAAAGAUCGGCGAGAUGCCGACGAAGUGACGCAAGUCAUGGUGGGCGAAUGCCAGGCCCUGCUCCGGCUCUUCGGCAUCCCCUACAUCACGGCGCCGAUGGAAGCUGAAGCUCAGUGUGCUGAGCUUGUACGUCUUGGGCUGGUGGACGGUAUCGUGACAGACGAUUCCGACACAUUCCUUUUUGGAGGCACGCGCGUUUACAAGAACAUGUUCAACAGCAACAAACUUGUUGAGUGCUACCUAUCGUCGGAUCUUGACAAGGAACUUUCGCUGUCACGCGAGCAGCUAGUGUCAAUUGCCCUGCUUCUUGGGUCUGAUUAUACGGAUGGCUUACCAGGCGUGGGCCCUGUCACGGCAGUUGAGAUUCUCUCCGAGUUUCCAGAGUCGGAGGGCGGCCUGGCCGCCUUUUGUCACUGGUGGGCGGAUGUGCAGGGACAGCGCCGACCAAAGGAAGACGAUGCGCCGAACGCAUUCCGGCGCAAGUUCCGCAAGAGCCAGGUGGCCAAGCUAUUCUUGCCCGUGGGAUUCCCCAACCCAGCGGUAAGGGAAGCCUACAUGAAGCCUGAAGUAGAUGACAGCCCCGAAACAUUCCAGUGGGGUGUACCAAACUUGGAAGGUCUGCGGCAGUACCUCAUGGCCACAAUCGGCUGGAGCGAAGAGCGUACGGACGAGGUGCUGGUGCCUGUCAUACGUGACAUGAACCGGAGGGACGUGGAGGGCACUCAGAGCAACAUCACACGCUAUUUUGAAGGUGGCGUCGGGACUGGUGCCAAAGAGUCGUUCGCGCCACGACAAAAACAAAAGGCAAGUAAGCGCAUGGCCGAAGCGGUCAACAAACUGAGAAACACUGGCGCAAGUGUCUCAGAAUCAUCACCAACUACGGAUACCCCGACGGCAUCGAGUGGGAGCAAACGGAAGCGAACGGCUCGGGCAGCGACACGGACCUCGUUGGUAGAUGAGGAACCGGGGACAGGCGAGGAUGAUGACGAGGCAGAGGCCGCGGUGCCGCGGACGAGGGGUCGCGGCAAGAGGACGAAGGCGGAUCGCUGA